UGUAGCGCCUGAGAACUACCGGAGUGCCUCAAGCUCAAGCUCAAGUACCAACUAUGACCGUGACUGCUGAUCCCAAGGAGGAUCUCAACGGAAAAGAGCCUUCGCAAGUCAUUGAGGAUAAUGACGAUGGCGAGGACGACGUUGCAGAAAUAGACCCUGCUGGAACAGGUGACGCAAAGAAGAAGAAGAAGAAGAAAAAGCCCAAGAAAAAGAAGGCAGAACAGUCCGAUCCUCCCCGCAUUGGCUUGUCAAAGCUUUUUCCUACCAAUGUAUAUCCCGAAGGAGAGCUUCAACCAUAUAAAGACGAUAAUGCAUGGAGAACUACAUCAGAGGAGAAGCGAUACCUCGAGAAACUGGCAAGCGAGGAUCCCCAAACAACCUACCAGAAUAUCCGACGAGCAGCCGAAGUUCACCGUCAAGUUCGUGCUCAUGCACGAAAGCACAUCAAGCCUGGGAUGUCCAUGAUAGAUAUUGUUGAGAAUAUUGAGAAUGGUACUCGUUCGCUGGUAGAAGAAAAUGGUCUGGAAUCCGGAGUUGGCUUUCCUACCGGUGUCAGUAUCAACAAUUGCGCUGCGCAUUAUACUCCGAACGCCGGAGACACUACCGUACUGAAGCAAGGAGAUGUCUUAAAAGUGGACUUUGGUGUGCAUGUCAAAGGUCGCAUUCUGGAUUCGGCCUUUACUCUCACAUUCGAUCACACAUAUGACAAGCUUUUGGAGUCUGUAAAAGACGCAACAAAUACUGGAGUCCGGGAAGCAGGGAUCGAUGUUCGGCUAGGGGAACUCGGUGGCUACAUCCAAGAGACCAUGGAGUCGUAUGAAGUUGAAGUUGGAGGAAAGAUACUUCCAGUAAAGACUAUUCAGAACCUCAGCGGACAUUCCAUCGGACUCUACAACAUACAUGGAGGAAAGUCUGUGAUGCAGAUCAAAACUGACGACAUGACCAAGAUGGAGGAGGGUGAAUACUUUGCGAUUGAGACUUUUGGCAGCACUGGAAGAGGGCACGUUGUGGAUAGCGGAGAUUGUUCACAUUAUGCCAAGAUCGUAGACGCACCCAGGGUUCCGUUGAGAUUAACCAGCGCGAAGUCACUUCUCAAAAGCAUUGACAAGAAUUUCGGUACACUCCCCUUCUGUCGACGAUAUCUAGAUCGGGCCGGCGAAACGAAGUAUUUGCUUGCUUUAAAUCAUCUAGUACAACAAGGAAUUGUACAAGAUUAUCCACCGCUUUGUGAUCAAUUGGGGUCCAUGACAGCCCAAUUUGAACACACUAUUCUCCUGCGACCUACGGUAAAGGAGGUGGUCAGUCGAGGUGAUGACUAUUGAGAUAUCAGCAUGUGUUUGUACUGGACUACUCCGCCUACAUAUUUCGUGUAUUUCAUUCCACAUUUUUGACUAAAGCGACCAAUGGAAGGGGUGAUACUUGUCUGAUACGCGUGUGAUCAUACAUCCCCGGAUCCCGG